AUGUGGAUGUUGAGCCCCCAUCGAACCAUCCCCGCCGUCUUCACAUGCACCUUGGCGUUGAGGGUGGUCAUGAUCCUUCUAGAAUCGACAGAGAAGCGGCGCAUCCUGGUCCCGCAGCACAAGGGAUAUUCCAUGGAGGUUACCAGCGGUACCUUCAGCCGAUCCGUCUUCUUCUGGCUGACGUCGCUCUUCGUCAACGGCUACAGAAAUAUUCUCCGGCUAGACGACCUCUACCCGCUGGACCCUGAACUAGCCUCGGGGCCGAUAUACAGGAAACUCGCGGAGGCGUGGGACAAAGUCCCCGACAAGACCGUGCCCGGCGCUUUGUUCAACACCUGGCUCCGUACCUUUGCGGGCCCCAUGUCCGCCGCCAUCGUCCCGAAGCUCUUCCAGAUCGCGUUCAACUACGCCCAGCCGUUUCUCAUAGAAGAAGCGAUCCGCUUGGCCAGCCAGCCGCAGACACAGCCCUACAACAACCGUGGUUUUGGUUUGAUAGGGGCGUAUGCUCUCGUCUACACAGGUAUUGCCGUUUCGACCGGUCAGUAUGACUGGCGUAAUCAACGCGCGUCUUCGAUAACGAGGGGCAGCACCACUGCACUUGUUUACAGGAAAGCCCUCAGAUUGGAUCUGACGUCACCAAAUGUCAGUCCCUCGGGGGCUUUGACUCUGGUUGGCACCGAUACCGAGACCAUCAGCCAGGGCAUCACUCAGCUCCAUGAGGUUUGGGGUGGGCUUUUGGAAAUUGGCAUCGGCAUUUACCUGAUCUACAGGCAGCUCGGGGCAGCUUGUGCCAUGCCCGUUGCCCUCGUCUUUGGUAUGAGAACGUAUUGGAUUCUCCAAGUGGCGUAG